GCCGCGGCUCGGUGGCGACGGCGACAUGGAGAGCGGGGCCUAUGGCGCGGCCAACGCGGGCGGCUCCUUCGACCUGCGGCGCUUCGUGUCUCAGCCUCAGGUGGUGACGCGCCUCGUGAGCAUGGUCUUGGCCUUGAUUGUGUUCUCCUGCAUCUUCGGCGAGGGCUACAUCAACGAUCACAAAUCCGAUCAACUACGCUGUGUGUUCAACCAGAAUGAGGAUGCCUGCCGCUAUGGCAGUGCCAUCGGGGUGCUGGCCUUCCUGGCCUCAGCCUUCUUCCUUGUGGUCGACGCCUUCUUCUCCCAGAUAAGCAAUGCCACUGACCGCAAGUACUUGGUCAUUGGCGACCUGCUCUUCUCAGCUCUCUGGACCUUCCUGUGGUUUGUUGGUUUCUGCUUCCUGACCAACCAGUGGGCAGCCACCAAACCUCAAAGUGUCUGGGUGGGAGCGGACUCAGCUCGGGCAGCCAUCACCUUCAGCUUCUUCUCCAUCUUUUCCUGGGGUGUACUGGCUUCCCUGGCCUACCAGCGCUACAAGGCUGGAGUGGAUGCCUUCAUUCAGAACUACGUGGAUCCCACCCCGGAUCCCAACACAGCCUACGCCUCCUACCCUAGUGCCUCCGUGGAAAACUACCAGCAGCCGCCCUUCACCCAGAACGUGGAGACUACUGAGGGCUACCAGCCUCCCCCUGUGUAUUGAGCAGCCAGGGACAAGAAGGCAGGGAAGGGGUGUUGGGGGGGUGCCCCUCUACUCUGGACUUCUCUCAAGGGUUGCUGCCCAGAACUUAGUCCCUUGCCUGUUACAGUUGACAGCCAAAGAAUCCCCACCUUUCUGCAUCCCAGCUGCAGCCAGACAGAGCACACCUGAACAGGUGCCCAUGCCCAGAGGGGCUUCACCGCCACCCACCUGAUUCUCAAGGGCAUUUUUUUUGUUUUGUUUUGUGAGAUAGGGUUUCUGUGUAGCCCUGGCUGUCCUGGAACUCACUUUGUA